AUGGCCCUUGAUUCUGACACAAGCGCCAUAUUGUUCGACCCACACAAUUUACCGAGUGUUCGCGGGCAAAAGCCUAACCCCAAGGCAUCAGUAUUGGGCUGGAAAUGCAAGCACAUUACCAUUUUUACGGAACGCGUCGCCAUACAUGUUCCAACCCCCAACCUAGAGGGCCGGCAGUCUGUUUGUCAGACCUCUAACCAUGGACUAACCUGGUAUGAGAGACUCUGUGGUGACGCGCGGAUACCCUCCGGUAUAGCUAAAUGGGUCGCGAAGGUACGCAAA